UUACCCUGUCCUUUCUUUCGCAAGAAUCUCGAGCCCUUGAAUUUGAAUGGGCGCCACGAUAAUCUUGCUCAGGGCGCCAAUGUUGCUAAAACCGGCACUGAUUGCCACGACAUCGUUUUAUCAUCGUAUAUGUAUACGAAGGUACGCUUCAUACAGUCGGAUUUACGGGAUCCUGGGGUACGGAGAAAAGAGGCGAGCGCGGGUGAACGUUACGCUAUUAAAUUAUGAGCAAGAAUUUUAAUGCAGAGGAGCGUGCGACUGUAGUGCCAACGUGCAAACAUACCUGAGGCAUAUUGUUGCGAGAUGAACGUCAUCCUGAUCCCGUUCUUCCUAGCGGCCGACAUAGCCGUCACUAAUCUGUCACAUUGGGAGUAUGGGGCUGAAUACUUCUACAACCUGAACAUUUCGUAUAUUGCGAACCUGGAUCACGAGGAACGUAAGCAAAGUUAUCAAUUACUCACCACGCUAAGCUGUCGCCCCAAACGGCCGGACCAUCUAUUCUGCCAAUUCCAAAACGUAACGCAAUUGAGUCGCAACUUUGCCAAGAAUGGCGUCUCGACGCUGGGCGGGCGAGCAAAACAUAUGUUUGAGAUCAAAUUUAACGAGCGCGGUGUGGAAAGCCUGAUUGUCGAUCAGACUAUCACGAGAAUAGUGAUGGACGUUGUCCGUAAAAUCGCCAAUCAGUUUAUCAUGCUCGUUUAUCCGAGUAAUAUUGGCAAGUGGGAGUUUACGGUCAGCGAGAACACGACAAUGGGCGAUUGCACGACCAAAUACAAUAUCACGCGUGAAAAACCCGAGACGGACAAGCUCGAGAGAGGAAAUACCAAAUUUCAGCUCGUGAAUUUGCUGAUGGCCGACAUCGAACCUGGAACGGCUCUUUUCAUCGAUAAAUCUCGGAAAAAUUGUACCAAGUCACCGCGAGAUCCCACAGACAACGAUAUAAUAUUAGAGACGGAGAAAUUUGCCAGCAGAUACAAAAUCUAUCCAAACAAAUUCAGAAGCUUCACCAGAUUCAAGGGAACAGUCAGAGAUAACGAAAAAGGUGCCCAUGUAGAUGUCAACGAUCCGUCAGAUUGGCCGUUUGGGCCGGAGUACUUGUACGACCUGAACAUUACUUAUAUUGUAAACAAGGAGCGCUUCGAACACAAGCGAAACUUUGAAUUAAUUAACACGCUAAGCUGUCGCCCCAAAAUGGAGAACUCUCUAGUCUGCCAGUUGAAAAACAGAACGCAAAUAGAUUUCAAAUUUCUCGAGACGAUAGGUGGGCAAGCGGAAGAUGUGUUUGAGAUCAAAUUUACCGACCACGGUGUGGCAGGCCUGAACAUCGAUCAGAAUAUCACGGAAACGAUGAUGAACAUUAUGCAAAAAAUCGCCAAUCAGUUUAACGUGUAUAUUGAUCAGAGUAAUUCUCACGCGUGGGUAUUUCCGGACAGUGAGCACUCGUCAAUUGGCAAUUGUACAACCAUAUACACUCUCUCAAUUGAAAAACCCAAGACAGACUCGCCGAAGGUAGGACAUAAGAAUUUUCGACUCGUGAUAUUGCUGCCGGUCGAUAGUGUCGAUACCGAAGGUGGAAAUCCCUUUGUCAUCGAGAAAUCUCGUAUGGUUUGUUCUGAUGCAGCGAAAGACAUCACAUACCAAGCCUCAGAAUUAGAGAUGGAGAGAUUUAUCAGCAGAUACAAAAUCUGUCCAAACAAAUUCCGCAGCUUUACCAGAUUCAAGGGAAGAGAAGAGAAACCAAGAAUAAAAAAUACAGAUCUGUCAGUUAAAGAAUUAAUACAUAUUAAUUUAAAAAGCAUUAAACCUGCGCAAGAUAAACUUCCGACUAUUUCCAACGGUAGACCAGUCCAAUUAGAUGAGUACAUGUAUGAGUAGAGCAAUUUUAUAAAUUAAGGCGGCGAUAUAUGUACACUCUACUAAUAUACGUCUGUGCACAUACGUUACGUUACGUUGUGGAAUGCUACAAUUUGCAAUAUUAAAUAUCCAACUAAAUUCAAACUGCACUUGAAUAGAAUUAAAUAAAGUGUCGCUCAAAAUA